AUGUCGGACGACCAGAUCUCGCUGCCAUAUCUACUGGCCAUCCUGGUCAUAUCUGGCCUGGCGAUAAGAUAUAUGUUCUUCGCAGGACCUUCGCCACCUCGACCUGCACAAUCUCCCGAGGCAUUCCUACGAUCGCGAGAGAUUGCUGUUGAUAGAAUACAGCAGAUGUUUCCACAGGCGGAUAGACGGAGCAUUCUCUGGGAUUUACAGCGCAACGGGGGGAAUAUCCAGACCACCACUGAGCGCAUACUUUCAGGACGUCUGGACACGCCCCCCGUUACCUUCCAGCCACCACCUCUUCCAGGCCAAACCGCAACAAGCAGCAGCGCAGCUUCAGCGCCUCGACCCGAGAAGCCCGCGCAGCCGGAUCUUAUUACCCGAUACAACCUCAAGAGCAAGCUGGAUACUGCAUCACAGGAGGACCAGGAUGCUAAGGGAAAGGGCUGGAGUUCGAAUAAAGACGAGCGCCAAGCUUCUCUGCAGCGCCGGAGAGAUGAGAUGAUUCUCGCUGCGCGACGAAAGAUGGAGGCCAAGCUUGCGGCCGAGAAGGCGGCCCAGGGAAUUCAAUAG